ACUUUUAUAUGUCAAUUGGGCCAAUUGUUGUUUAAUUUUAAGAAGCUUCUUCAAAUUGGACCCAGUAGAAUCUAAUGGAUAUCAUAAUGGAUGAUAUGAAAGAAUGUCGUGUUGUGAUGCACAAACUCUCCAACGAUGCAGUUGAAAAGGGCUGGUGGUCUGGGCUGAACCGCCUGCUAAGGCCUUCUGGUGUUGGCAAAAUUAAGUCUGAUGCAACAGCAGCCAGUGGCUCAUCUCUACACCCUAAAGUCGUUGCAGUUAACAUCAAGCUUGAGCCUCUAUAUGAGGAGGAUGACAUAUCUGUGAAGGAUGAACCCAUUGAUAUUGAUGAAAAUCAGCAAACUCCACCUUCCUCAUCUUCUGUGCCAUGCAAGAAGGAAGCUCAAGUUGAGGCUCGGGACGCCCAUCAAUGUGCCUCACAGGACGCUGCUGCUAUGCCUAAGGAACAGGAUAGUUCAGGAGAGCCUCCCAGCCCUGGGUGUGGUGGCCAGCUAGCUCCACCUUCCCCAUCAGCAACAGAUGCCAGUGGCUCAUCUAUACACCCUAAAGUCGUUGCAGUUAACAUAAAGCUUGAGCCUCUAUAUGAGGAGGCUGACAUAUCUGUGAAGGAUGAGCCUAUUGAUAUAGAUGAAAAUCAGCAAACUCCACCUUCCUCAUCUUGUGUGCCAUGCAAGGAGGAAGCUCAAGUUGAGGCUCAGGACGCCCAUCAAUGUGCCUCACAGGACGCUGCUGCUAUGCCUGAGGAACAGGCUAGUUCAGGUGAACCUCCCAGCCCUGAGUGUGGUGGCCAGCUAGCUCCACCUCCACCAUCCGGUGGGCCGGACGAGUUGGAAACUCAAAUCGAGGCUCGUGAUGCAAACGUAGCCCAUCGUUCCGCUUCGCUCUCCUCUGCCAUGCCUGGACUUGUGAACGUGGGUAGGAGGCAGUCCGCACCUGCAGGACAUCCAGAAGACGCUGGUGGCAGCAGCGGCGUCUCUGAAGCGUCCAGCUCCCAGCAGCGCAGCGAGAGGCACCCGUAUUCCCAGCGGGGUUUUGUUGAUGCCAAGAUUACCUGCCAAAUGCAGCAGCGCCAUCUAGAUGAGCAGGCAUCCUUACAUCUGUACUCAUGCUCUGACUGUGAAUAUUCUUGUGGUUCAGAGCUUCAACUUCUGAAACACAUUUCUGCUAAACAUAGUCGAGAAAAAACGCAUCAUUGUUCGGGGCCAGAAUGCGUUUGUUUCAUGGAACGAAAUCCUGCCAACGACAUUGUUUACAAGCUUUUAUCUAAGAAACCACAUCACUGCAAGAAAUGUGAAUAUUCUUGUGUGACUAAGAGAAAUCUGAAGAGGCAUGUUCUUCAUAAGCAUUCAUCUAAAAAACCUCUUGACUGCUCAGAAUGUGAAUAUUCUUGUGUGACUAAGAGCCAGCUGAAGAAUCAUAUUCUUCAAAAACAUACAUAUGAGUAAACCCUCUGCUGCUACAAGUGUAAACAUGCUUGCGCCAGGAAAGAAAACUUAACUUGAAACUUUGAGGCUACACAUUUUAGAGAAAACUCCUCAGUACUCAAUGUGUAAAUGAAAGGAAUUGAGUAAACUGACUCACUGAAUAUCAUCUGUCGUUUCACUGACCAGAGGAACCACUUUGCUGCUGCGAGUUGAUCUCAUUAAAACCAUCUAUUUUCUGGAAAUGUAUUGCCGACGACUUCCAAAUUUACUGAACAAGUCAUUUGAAUGGUAAUUUUAUUGAUGCAACUAGUAAAGGGGAUGGUAUAGACUGUUCGGUUCAUUCUGUCCAUACGAUGCCUCAAGUUUGCACCUGCAUCGUCUGCGAUGCUCCAACGCCUGCACCAGCAUCGUAAUGCAG